UGGUUCCCGUACACGAUCGAGAACCUUUGGGUACUCACAUAAGAAGAUCAAAUUCCCCAAAUUCCGACCGACAUCUGCAUCAAGCUCAGACCAACGGUUUCGCUUCGCCGGAUUUUCAAUUCUCGACAAUCAACAUCAUCAUGCUGAAUGCACCCGCUCGUCUUAUCGCUUUUGCAGCAAAGCAUUUAGCUUCUAGCCCGAGCAAAGGUGGUGCCCUGCAUCCCUUAUUCCACCAACCCGUCCUCAAAAUGGCACAGAGAAUGCGCAUCGACCUUGUUGAUGAGAAGAAAGCAAUUGAGGCAGCUGUCCAUUAUCUCCUUUGCUUCACGAUGAUAGGUGCCGCAGGUGUGGGUUUGGUCUAUGAACACAAAUGUUCUUCCUACCGGCAGAAGCAAACUCGCUUUGAAAUAGAGCAAAUUUUGCAAAAACACAUGCAAGGAAUCUCGCAAAGGAUGGAAAAAGCCCACCAAGAAAUCGAUCAAAUCAGGCAUGAAUAUCAAGAAAUCAAUCAAGUCAGGCAUGGAUUUUCAAUUAUCAACCCCGUGAGAGACGAUGAGCGUGGAUGGAGCUCUGGUCAAGGCGAUUAACUUGGAAAAAUUUGACUGAGGGCAGUUGAGGCUCGACUAUAUAAACUCUGGUUGACGAAGGUAGCGAAGGAGAGGAGAUGGUUAAUACUUCUCGCUAUAAUUAGCAUUGUAAUUUCUGGUUAUUAUAUUUAUAUGUACACUAAUGAAACCUUAAGAGAUUACUAGCGUUGAGGCUGAUUUUGUUUUCACUUCCAUUUAGCUUGCUCAUUACCUCUUGUGUGUUAUACUAUUUCCUCUCUCGUAUUUACUGAGUUAUUUAAACAACUCCCCUUCCUCUUUA